AUGCAACGGCUGACAUUUCGUCUCCUUUUCCUUAGGAAGCUGGUCAUUAUUGGUGAUGGAGCUUGCGGCAAGACGUCGCUGCUGAGCGUCUUCACAUUAGGCUAUUUCCCAACACACUACAUACCCACAGUGUUCGAGAAUUACGUUACAGACUGCAGAGUAGACGGCAAGUCGGUGCAAUUGGCAUUAUGGGAUACUGCAGGACAGGAAGACUAUGAGCGAUUGCGGCCACUGGCAUAUGCCAAAGCGCAUAUUAUUUUAAUAGGAUUCUCCAUCGACUCGCCAGACUCGCUGGAUAACGUCAAACACAAGUGGAUAGAAGAGGCUACGGAAAGGUGUCCAGGAGUGCCCAUCAUCCUCGUAGGACUGAAGAAGGAUUUGCGGGAUGACCCAGUCGCUAUUGAGGAGAUGCGUAAGAAGGCCCUCAAGUUCGUCACGCAAAAGCAGGGUGAGGCCAUUGCCCAAGAGGUUGGCGCCAAGAAAUACCUGGAGUGCUCGAGUCUUAGUGGUGAGGGCGUCGAUGAUGUUUUCGAGGCUGCCACCAGAGCCGCGCUGCUCACCUUUGAAAAGGGCGAGGGCGGCGGUUGCUGCGUUAUCCUAUAG